GUUACAUCUCACGUACGAUCGACACAAGAUUUAAAUAGCAAUCCUGUUUUGAAAUGUCGUUCAGAUUUGAAUGAUACGUAUAACGAGCAAUAAAAAAUAAUAAAGAAAAUUUGAGAAAAAGAAAGAAGCGUGAGGCUGUGAGACAAAUGGUUUAUCAACGUGGAAAUCAAAGGGAUGGUUCCCCACAUUAUGUUUUUUUGUAUUCGGAUGAUGAAAAUAGUGGAGACGAAGAAAAUAUUCCUUUACAACAACGUAACAAACCUACAUCAUUACCACGUAAAGUGGAAGUUAUAAAUGUUCCACUUAAAUCAGAAGAUACAUUACAAGCAUUGGCAUUACGGUAUAGAUGCACGAUCUCUGAAUUGAAGAGAAUCAACAAGAUUCACAAAGAGAAUGAAAUACAUGCAAGACGGUUUAUAAAAGUACCUAUACAACCAUUUUCUUUAUUGACCGAGACUUUAGAACAACACCAGAGUGGCCAGGCAGAUAGAAGCAAAGUAAGUAUGUCCAGUUCUGGUGAAGAGAUGGAAAAUACAGUAACAAAAGGUCCAUUAUUAAAUGUGAUAAAAAAUCCUGUUGUAAUCGAAUUGCCAAAGGCAGAAAUUAAUACAAUUAUAUUAAAUUCAGUUUGUGAACCUCUGUCAUCAUUCAAUAGUGGUAACUCUUUAGAAAUUAGCAAUUCAGAAUGUGACCAAUUACUUACCUCAGCAGAGAGUAACACAAAAAACUCUCAUUUAACAGAAACAUUUAGAUGUUCUGGUGAUGAUUGUGGAUUAUCCUGGACACAACUUCUUGGUUUUUCUUUAUUGUUAGGUUUUGCAGGACCUAUUAUAUACAUACUUUAUAUAGCUGAAUUUUCAUCCAAAACUCAUUCAGUUACUAAUCAUUAGUUAGAUUUCUAACAGACAAGUGGCUGUUAUUAUAAGUAUAAUUUAUUGUACUAGCAACAUUUACAGCAAUAAUUGUAGUUAUAACUUGCAAUAACAAUCAAUCAUAGGUGACUAUGUUAUUUUACGUAAGUGAGAUUGCAUUAAGAAGUAAAGCGUGUCAUUACAUGGCUAACAAAAAUAUUUCACAAGAAAGUAGUAAGAAGAUAUUCCUUUAUGAUAUUUAAAGUGUAUAAAUGAGAUUUUUUAAUUAUAUGAUAUACAAAUAAGAAAAAUGAAGAAAUAAUAUUAAAUAGCACAAUAUAUAGUGCCUUUGUGAUUAUCUGUUUAAUACAAUAUUGUGGUAAUAAUCGUGAAUUUUUUCCGAUAUUGUAUUAAACGUGCGUAUAAAAAUACGAAUCGCCAAAGUUAUUUGUAAUGAUCUUGUACAAAAGUGUUAAUGGAUACAUAUGUACCCUUUUUAAGUUCUGUUAAUGUUUUGACGAUUCAUGUAAUAUGAAAACAUUUGACAUUGUAUCAA